AUGUCUGACCACAACGACGCACAUUUAAGCGACGCCGUGACCAAGGAAUUUACGGCCGCUGGCUAUAAAGAUGACCAUAUAGCUAUUAUACUAGCUAGGCAGGAAUCUCUCAAGCAUGAAAGAACUCGGGACCAGGGGGAGACUUGGGUGAAAAUCCACCGCGGGCAAAUAUUACCGGAAACAUUGGACGCGUACCAACUUCCUUGGGAAUGGGACAAGAACGAUCCCAACUUCAUCAUCCUCAAGCGUUGGAUUUCGGAGGACGUACAGGAGGAAUUGUUUGCGCAUACUCGGCGUCUGAGGGAGCAACGACUCGGCGGACUACAAGCUGGCCUCGCUGACUACGAGAGGAUUAGAAAAAGGAAGAAAGAUCGGAAGAGACAUGAUGAGAUACUUAGGUAUUUUGGGGAACGAGCACAGCCGAAGAGACGUUAUACCUAUGUGAAAGGGGAGUAG